ACCCAACUCGACCUACAGUCAUGAAGCUUACUAUUGCUGUGGUUUCGCUUGCACUCCUGGCGAGUCUUACGUGUGGUAUGCCGCUCUUCACCCCUGCGGACUUUACCCACCAUGUCUCCCUUCCUGCGCCUCAUGCCUUUGACCUUUACUGGUCCGUCCUCCCCACCGCAAAGGUCGAGUUUGGCCUCGUCGCCCACACCACGGGCUGGCUCGGCCUCGGCAUCUCCAACGACGGCUCCAUGGCCUCUGCUGACAUCGUCAUCGGCGGCAUCCUCGACGAUGCCACCACCUACUUUUCCGACCGUCAUGGUGACCUGUUCAAUGGAUUCCCCGAGGCCGACGUCAAGCAGGAUUGGAUGCUGACCGGCGCGUCGGAAGACAACAUGCACACGUACAUCAAGUUUGAGCGGAAUGUCAACACUUGCGACGAUGCGCAGGACAAGGUCCUUGCCACCGGCACUGUCAAGAUCAUCUACGCCUACACCAACAACGGUUCGGAGCCUGAUGCCGCCAUGACCAAGGCCUCGUUCUCGAUCCACGACUUCCGCGCCUCGGCCGACGUCGACCUCAUGAUCCCGGCCUCGCUCACCAACGACUGCUCGAGCUCGGGCGGCAACGGCACUACCACGCCCUCCAACGGCACGUCCUCGACGGCCUCGGGCAUGGGCACCGCGCCGACCUUCGACCUUCACUCGGGCAAGAACUCGGCCACCGGUGCCGUCAUCAUCGCCCUCAUCGUCUUUGUCAUCUUCACCAUCGGCUUUGUCGGCGGCGUCUUCUACACCGCCGCGCCCAAGCCGGCCGUCGACGAGAACGCCGCAGAGCUCGAGCGUCGCCGCUCCGAGUUUAUGGACCGGGUCACCUCGGACCGCACCCGCUCGUCCAUGGCCUAACCGCGCGCCCGCCAGCCUCGUUGUGAUGCAAUCCACCAGCCG